AUGGAAGGUACUGAAAGAAAAAGCACUGGAAAGCCGUUUGUUAAACGAGAGGAGGAAUGGAUUCCAAAGACUGCACUUGGAAAGCUGGUGAAGAUGCGUAAGAUCACUUCGUUGGACCAGAUAUUUAAAUUUUCCCAUGUGAUCAGGGAAGCAGAGAUUGUUGAUUUUUUGUGUGGUUCGUCUCUGAAGGAAGAGCUGCUGUCUGUUAAGUCUGUUCAGAAGCAAACCAGAGCAGGGCAGAAGACCAAGAUAAAGGUAGUGGUGGUUGUUGGAGAUGAGAAGGGACAUAUUGGAAUAGGAACCAAAUCAUCAAAAGAAGCAGCUUCGGCAAUCAGAGGUGCAAUAAUAAGGGCGAAAUGUGCAAUCAGGCCAGUGAGACUUGGGCUGUGGGAUGGCACCAAAGGAACUCCGCACACUGUGUCAUGCAGGGCAUCAGGUAAGUGCGGAACAUCGAUUGUUAGGGUUAUUCCAGCCCCCAGAGGAGCAGGGAUUAUUUCUUCAAGUGUGAACAAGAAGAUAUUUGAACUGGCAGGUAUCAAGGACGUGUAUACGUCAUGCAGUGGAGCAACACCAACAACCGAAAAUUUUGCCAAAGCAUCGAUUGCAGCACUUGAAGCCACGUCUUCAAUCCUCCUCCCAGAUCAGUGGGUUGAAGAGCCGAAGACCUUAAAUCCUCUGCUUGAGUUUGCAGAUAUUUUGAACCAACUCGACAAGAAUCGUGUUUGA